AUGGGUGCUGCUUUAGGGUUGUGUUCAGCUGCCCAGUUGGCUUGUUGCUGUGCGGGGCAAGCUUGUUCACUAUGCUGCUCAGCUUGCCCUUCAUGUCGAAAUUCUACAUCUAGUCGCUUAAUGUAUGCACUGAUGCUACUUAUUGGUGCCAUAGCAGCGUGCAUUACAUUAUCGCCUGGUCUUCAGGAUGCUCUAAAAAAGGUACCUUUUUGCGCAAGUUCGACUUCUAAAGGAGCAGCUAUUUUUCCUUCUAAUUCACAAAUUGAUUGUAAUUCUGCAGUCGGUUACUUAGCAGUUUACAGAAUUAGUUUUGCAUUAUGUUGUUUCUUCAUAUUAAUGUCCGGGAUUAUGUUGGGUGUAAAAUCAUCUAAAGAUCCGCGGGCUUCUAUCCAAAACGGAUUUUGGGGAUUAAAGUUUUUGAUUGUAAUAGGAAUGAUUAUUGGUGCAUUUUUUAUUCCUGAAGGAAGCUUUAGUACUACUUGGAUGUGGAUAGGACUCUUCGGGGGCUUGAUGUUUAUUCUAGUUCAGUUGGUUUUAAUAAUUGAUUUUGCUCAUAAUUGGGCUGAAAUCUGGUUUGAAAACUAUCAAGAAACUGGUUCAAAAGGUUGGUUUGCUGCUCUCUUGCUCUCUACUCUUUUGCAGUAUGCCCUAGCAAUUACAGGACUGUCCUUAUUAUAUGUUUAUUUCACACUGCCAGAUGAUUGUGCAUUGAAUAAGUUCUUUAUUUCCAUAAAUCUCAUAUUAUCUGUAGGAGUCAGUGUAUUAUCAAUUAUGCCCGCAGUACAAGAGAAACAGACAAGAUCUGGUCUUUUACAAUCUGCUAUGGUAACCCUUUACACAGUAUACUUGACCUGGUCUGCAGUUGCAAAUAAUCCAGAUGAAAAAUGUAACCCUGGAUUUUUGGGAAUUGUAGGAGAAGGCAGUCAUAACAAGGUUUCUUUUGAUACACAAAGUAUUGUAGGGUUAACUGUUUGGAUGUGUUGCGUCAUGUAUUCUUCUCUCAGAUCAGCUUCCAAGGUUGCUUCAAUGACAAUGACGAAUUCCUCAGACAAGGAAGCUUUAACAGAUGGUGGGGAAUCUGGAAAAAUCUCAAAUACUAGCAAUAAUGAUAAUGUUAAAGUUUGGGAUAAUGAAGAAGAGAGUGUUGCAUAUUCCUGGUCUAGUUUCCAUUUCAUAUUUACUUUAGCUACAUUAUAUGUCAUGAUGACGUUAACCAAUUGGUACCAAAACAUUAAAUGCAAACGCAGCUUCAAUGUGGGUGAAGAUAGUCUCAAGCUGGCUUUGCUUAGGCAUUUAUUUCUGGACUUUAAUAGCACCAUUUAUCCUAACAAACCGCGAUUUUUCCUAAAUUUAUUUUGAUAAAUAUUGGGAAGUAAGUUUAAAAUUAAUCAAUAACUAUUUAUUCUUUAAGAGUAUCUAAAAAAUUGGCUUUGUGAAUAAUAUUUUUUAUUAUAUGUAACAUUUAGAACUUGG